AUGACGGCAAAUUCACAUUCAGAGGAAUAUACUCAAUCGGUAGAGCUUCAUAUGGCAACAAAACCAUCAAAGUCUGCUCGCCCAACCGUGAUUGAUGCGGAGCUGGAGGAUAGAAUUAGUUGGUUACCAGGUCAUAUAAUAGACCAGAUUCUGUCACACUUGCCCAUUAGGCAUGCUGUGACUACAAGUGCUUUAUCAAAAAUAUGGAGGUACAAAUGGACCACAAUACCAAAUCUUGUGUUUGAUAGAAAAUGUGUCUCUGCACCUUCCCGCCCUUCAGAUAUUGUUGCGAGUGAACUUUUGACAAUUAUUGAUCAAGUAUUUUCACUUCAUUCCGGGCCAAUCAACAAGUUUGCGCUCUUCUUUCGGGAUGUCAUGAGUGACACUAACUUUGAUAGGUGGAUACUUUAUUUAACAAGAAAGUCUAUCAAAGAACUUGAGCUGGUGGUAUGGAAUGAGCAGCCCUAUAAGUUACCUUGCUACUUAUUUUCUUGUCAAAGUUUACAUCUUUUAGAAUUAUAUCAUUGUUGGAUUAAUCCUCCAUCUGCAUUUAGAGGCUUUAGGAACUUGAAAAUUCUUAAACUGGCUGGCGUUACAAUAACUCAAGAUGCCUUUGAAAAUUUGAUAUCCGGAUGUCCUUUGCUUGAAGAUUUGAAAUUAGCAUUUUUUGAUGGUUUCACCCAAGCUAUUAUUCACGCACCAAAUCUCAAGAUUUUUUACUUAAAUGGUGGCAAAUUAGAGAGUGUUAUCUUUGAAAACACUUUCCAACUAACUAAGGUAACUAUUGUUUUAGACAUGUAUAUGAAUAUUGAAAGCAAUCAAAGUAGAUCGGACGAAUGCUCUAGCAAAUUGCUCAACUUUUUCAGUCAUCUACCUCACUUACAAAGCCUGGAGAUCUAUAGCUGUUUUAUAAAGUAUUUGGCUGAUGGUGUUGUGCCUGUAAAGCUUCCUAAAUCUUGUAUCAAUCUAAGUUAUCUUAGUUUAUGUAUAGACUUCAACAACUUGAAGGAAAUUUCGGCUGUUCUUUGCUUGCUCAGAAGUUCACCUAAUCUUCAAGAAAUAGAAUUAUAUGAGAUGAUGGAGGAGGAGGGGUCUGCCCUUUUAGCACAGGUCUCCUAUUGUUGGGAAGAUAUCUUUAUUGGACCAACCAUACCCCUCGGAGCACGACGUGUGAGUAUUGUAGACAUCUCUGGUACCAAAUCCGAAUUAGAUUUAAUCAAAUUUCUACUUCUAUAUUCUCCUUUGCUAGAGCAGAUGUAUGUGAGCCCUAGUAUACAUGUCAAACCAGAGUUGGGGACCGAACUAAAUCGGUUCAAGAGAGCGUCAAGACAAGUUGAAGUUAUUUACGAUGGGGAAACAAAGUAG